CAAAUAGCAAAAUGACAUCUUUUCUCUGCACCUAGAGCUAUCUGAUGUACAGAAACACUUCAUACGUAUGCUUCUGUAUCCUAACCUGCGAUUAUGGCGUCAAGGCCGAAGCUGGCUCCGUUUGGCUACUAUUCCCCUCCUCAUUAUGCUAUCAAUCGACUUUCUCUUAACGAUUUCAAUCAGUUCAUCGCUGAGACGAGUUUCUCUAUCCUCGGCCCCAUCCGACAAUGUCACUCGUAAAGAUCGUAUAUUCAUUGCGAGCAUGCAUUGGAACAAUGAGAUCAUUUUACGCUCUCAUUGGAGCGCUGCUCUACUAGAUCUAGUGAGAUAUUAUGGCGUAGACAAUGUCUAUAUCUCCAUUGUAGAAAGUGGCAGUUGGGACGACACCAAGGGUGCUCUGAAGGAUUUAGAUGAGGAAUUGGGGAAGCUGGGGGUAGAGAGGAGCAUUGAGUUGUUGGAUAUUACACACAAAGACGAAGUAGAACGGAUACCCAAUCCAGACGAGGAGGGGUGGAUACAAACGAGUAGGGCCACAAAAGAACUACGUCGAAUUCCAUAUCUUGCAAAAUUGCGAAAUAGAGUUAUGGACAAGCUGAAAAGGCUUGCAGACAGAACAGAUGGUCAAGGAGAACGAUCGUUCGACAAGAUACUGUGGCUAAACGACGUUAUUUUCACGACCGAAGACGUCGUAACUCUGCUCGCAACAAGAGAUGGUGACUACGCAGCGGCCUGUGCAAUCGAUUUUUCCAAACCUCCACUCUUCUAUGACACCUUUGCUCUCCGCGACAUCGAAGGCGAGAAAACAAUCACACAAACCUGGCCCUUCUUUCUGGCUGCCGAGUCGCGGAAUGCGAUGAAGACACGCGCAGCGGUACCGGUUAAAUCCUGUUGGAAUGGAAUAGUAGUCUUCCAAGCGGAACCAUUUUAUGAGAAUCCAUCCUUGCGUUUUCGGGGGGUUCCAGAUAGUCUUGCGCAGUAUCAUCUAGAAGGGUCGGAAUGUUGUCUUAUUCACGCAGACAAUAGUUUGAGUUUGACGAAAGGCGUUUGGCUUAAUCCAAAGGUAAGAGUUUCGUACAAUGCUGAAGCUGAUAGUGUUGUGAAUUCAAAAAGGGGGAAGUGGCCGAGCAAAAGAGAAAUUGUAGAGGGGAUUUGGAGUAAUAGGUGGGCACGAUGGACGGGAUUUCUGAAGAGGUACACCGAACGUUUUUUGGUUCAAAUAAGGGUUCAACGCUGGCGCAGUGAGGCAUUAGUUGUAGGACAAACAGAAGUCCAUGAGAAGGGGGUUUACUGUUUAGUAAAUGAGAUGCAGGUUCUCAAGGAAAAUGGUUGGGCACACAUAUGAUUAUGGCUAUUUCGAAUGAUAAAUUUUUGUUCUUGAUUAUAAAGCAAAGAACCUGAAUAGCGAACAAAAGAUAUUUUGUUGGUUUCACUUCGAUAUUCAAUAUUCUCUAUUUGGUAAU